AUGGCAGCGCAAGCUCCUCCAGCAGAUGACGACGAAGAGGCUCUAGUUUUUAAUGUAGAAGAUGUGCAAAAAAUCGUAAGGGACAACAUUGAAAUGUGCCUUGGUGGUAAUACGUAUAGCCAUUCAAGAAGCCCGCAAUGGAUUUCUGUGAUUACAGAGAAAAUAUUGGCAAGACUAGCAAAACUCAACAAGCCCUUCAAAUAUAUAUUAAGAAUUACAAUCACCCAAAAAAAACGGUUCAGGUUUACACACAGCAGCAGCUUAUUACUGGGACACAGCUACUGA